UUGUUAGUGCUUAAGUAUUAUUCAUAUCAGUUAUUUCAAAACCGAAUUUGACCCCACCGCUUGAUUUACUCGUUACUAAUCAAAUCGACUAGUUUUUGCUAGUAAAUAUUUAUUUAAAAAAAUGUUUCCAUCAAUUUUGAAAAUGUCUCGUGUAAACCAGACAAAACACGUCGACAUUUUCCCUAGGGAAGUCAGAUUUGGUCCUUAUCAGCAAUUUGGAUGACAAUUAUAAAACAAACGUUCAAAUUACAGAAAACUUUUUUAAAAUGGUACGAAUAUGUUGUAUAUGCAAACUCGAACCUCAAACUAUUGACGAUGUUUCUUUUCACAGUAUUCCCAAAAGAGAAGAAUUAAGGGCCAAAUGGUUCAUAAAUAUAGGCAGAGAAGUGAAUAAACAUAGUGCUGUAUGCAGCAGACACUUUGAAAAAAAAUAUUUUAUUUACAAAGUAUAUGGAAAUGACGUAAGAAGACUUUUGCAUCCUACUGCUGUUCCAACUAUAUUAGAUACUAAAUUUAACAAUGAAAUUGUUAAUGAUGAAAAUGUUAAAUGUCAGGAUGUUAAAACUGAAAAUGUUGAAAAUGCAAAUAUUGCAAAUGAAAAUGUUGAACUUGAUAAUUCUGUUAAUUACACUGCAGUUUUAUCAGAAUUCGAUGAUACAUCAGUAUCAUUUACUGAUGCAGCAGGGAAUAAUAAAGUAACAGAGCAAAAUGAAAGAAUAGUUAUUAAAAGUUCAAACACCCAAAUAUUGGAAGAUUCAGCAGCUAUAGAUAGCAACAUUGAUUGUUGUAAGCAAACAGAAGUCAACUUCUCAGAUGAUUCACAAUGUAGCAUUGACAAUUCAGAAGGUAUAGAAAAUAACAGGAAAAUGAAUUCUGAAAAAUUGACAUCAAAAAGGAAAUAUAAUAUGUUCCCAAAUUCAUCAAAACCUAAACGCUUUUGCAAUGCACGUUAUAUUGGGGAUUUACGAAGAGAAGAUUUCACUUCGAAUUUAAGUUGGAAUAUUGUUCAAAAUUUUGUGGUAGACUCGAGAAAAAAGCAGAAAGUUUUGAACCAAAAAAUUAAGCGGCUGAAUCAGAAAACAGAAUAUUUACAAGCAUUAUUAGAACAUCUGAAGCAGAAAGUCCAGGGUAAAAAGUAGUAUCUGUCAAAACAAUACUUGAUGACUUUAUUCAAUAGAACUUCAGAAGUUCUAGAAGCAAUAUACCUUACUUUCUUAAGGAUGAACUGAUAUGCAAAAAUGUGCAAUUUUUACACUCCUAUUAAAAAUUUACCGAUCAUUGUGACCAGCAGAAAAGAAUAUAUUUAAGAAUACGUAUAUAAAUUUAUUUAUGAAAAAUGUGGUAAAAAAGAAUGUU